GAAGAAAGAUGCCACCGUCUAGUUCGUGGGAAAAUAUCUAACACCAUAAGUCUAUGUUGUGGCAGUAGCUAGACACUCUCGGGGCUAAUCUUGCAAUCUUCGCAUAACAAAUGUUGAGUGUCUCUAACAAAAAGUAAUCUAUCUAACUUCUACCGAACCCGCUCUUAACGGUAAUUAGGUGUUCCUCUCUCUUCUUAGAAAAAGCAUUCACAACUAUAAGAUCAAAAGCACUGUAAUCCAAAAUACUUCUACUAGCUUCAUUUUGGUCACCAAGCCCAAAACCACCAUAGACUUUCUCAUACCCUUGCCUAUUAACUCCUACAAGACCAUUGGAAUCGCCACCUAUGAACAACUUCUCUCCCGUAGGUACCCCUUGCGCCAUGUGAAUUAUUAAUAUUAUUAUUUUUUGUAUGUGUGUGUGGCAACCUUUGAUUCCGUCUCUGGGUACCAGGGUAUGAAUAUUGCAUUGUUGACUUCGCUUCCUUUGUUUGGUGUUUGGAUUAACAGCUUGGUGGGUCUUUGAUUUAGUGAACAAAAUGGAGGGAAAUAUCUGCUGGGUGUCUGGGUCAGGGUGGUGUUGAUAAAACUGAUACAGAGCUAAAAGAACUCAAGAUGUCCCAUUUCCUUAUUCCACAUUGUGUUUUUGCUUGACAGGCACAAAUUUCAUAUACGUAUUGAAGAAAGUACAAUAAUGUGAAAAAGGAAAUGGGAUUAGAGCGGAUGCUUAGACCGAAAGACAACAUUGAGAGAGAACCUGCAACGACUUCAGAUCAGCUAGAGGAACCUCAAGCUGAGGAGAGGUAUGCCCUCUCCAUCAACUUUGUUGUAAAGCCUCACUGUUCAUCCAGAAUUUUGCUCUAUGAUUGCACUUGAAGGAAUGCCUUCGGCAAAUUGCCAUACCUAUCCUACUGGAAAUUGGAUGGAGGAGAAAAUAUCAUAGCUUUUGAUGUUUUAGGAGGAUGGAGAAUUUGUCUACUUCGCCUUUGGGUUUUAUUUUGCUGCAGAUCUCAUUGGUUAGUAAGGUGAGGGGGGCUACUUUGAUCAUCCUGGAGACGUCUAUGACUCUAUCUUAUUCAAACCAGCCUUUUCUUUUGUCUUCUGUUGCUUCCCAUACCAGAGCACACGCUGAUUCUUUGUGACUUACACAAAUUUUUCUUAUGGGAGCAAAUAAAGAGAGAACAUCCCAGAGAAUUGAAUCCAUAUUUGGAGAAUAAUGGAUCUGGUUAUCCAGAAGUUAAAGACGGGAAAAAGGCUGGGGGUGACCAACAUAUGUCUUCUUCUGUUGUUGGAGACGGGGGUGCCAGCUGGAGAUUAAAAGCCUUGAAGCAUGCUCAAGAGCUGGCGGCCCGCGAAGGACAGAAUUUUAAGGAGGUUGUGGAAGAUCCGUGGGGAUCAAUGGGUCAGCUAGCGGUUUCUGUGGCACCUCGUACAGCUGCUUCAUCGCAUGCUCACCUCUAUGCCAUAAACAAUAGAAAGUGGGGCUUAACAGGGGAACAUCAAAUAGUUGUAGAGAAUCACAAUGAAAAGAUACCUGGCAAGAAUACUGACGUAGAAAGCCUGCGGGAUGUAUCUUGUUGUCGUUCGGAGAUGAAAGUUCCUAAACUUCAUGAUUCUUUAUCUUGGGGCAAGCAGAAGGAUUUCGGCCUUAUCUCUAGUGCAUUGUCAAGCUUAAAUGAGUUUGCAAAUGAUGGAAGCUCUAUGAAUGAAGUUACUCGUCAGAAGGAUGAUGAACCUAACGGUUCUGUUGGCUCUCCAAACAGAGAGAGAAAAGUAGAGUCAGAGUCAAUACCUAGUGCAUCUUUUACAGUUGUUAACACCUAG